AUGGAUUCACCACAUCAGUAUCCACCCGAGUUCUCCGAUGAGCACAUCCUGGAACUGGUGGCGCAGAUCAAGGAUUGGCAGGUCAAUCAUGGCUUCCUGCUAAAACUCGUCCAGUCGGAGACAGAACACAGCGUCCUUUCUCAUCCGGUGGGCGUCAGUGUCUUCCCCACACUCUUCCCGCGGUCGCUUUUCCACCGAGCAUUAGAUCUCCAACGAGUAUAUAACCAGCUAUAUUGUGCGAUAGCCGAAGAUGAACGGUGGCUCUUCAAUGCCACCAAGGACCUGAUCCCCGUGGAUCCCCUGGCUGCCGCGCUGUGGCGCAUUCACAAUGAAGCCAAGAAGGCCGGCUUCGCUCAGGAUGUUUCAGCCGGGAUCUUUCGAUCUGAUUACAUGCUUCACUGUCACGGGGAUACCUCGCCCAGCUCCCUUACGUCACUUGCUGGGGUCACUUUGAAGCAGGUCGAGUUCAACGCAUUUUCAUGCGCAGGUGGCACUCAUGCGAACAAAGCCGCGGAUAUGCAUCGCUUCCUGGCCAAGAAGGGCGCGUACAGCCCUGGAAAACAGGAUCAGCUGGGCGAUUACUCUGUUGAAGCCUCCGCGCUUCCUCCCAAUACUAAUAUUCAAUCACUGGCAUCUUGCCUGGCCUCGGCCCAUGCGAUCUACGGACCCCCCAAAAGCAGCCUGGCCAAGGAAACAGCGGUUUUGUUCAUUGUGCAGCCAAACAACUUCAAUAUUGCAGACGAACGUCCCAUUGAAUACGCCUUAUGGGAUCGAGGCCAGCCCAUUCCUACAUAUCGACUCGACUUCGGGCACGACGUACUUCAGCACACAUGGCUGACCGAUUGCCGAGAAUUGCUCUUUCACCCCCCUGGCUGCUGCGAAGCUCGCAUUUUGCUUGAGAAGUCAGCCGCAAUCAAAUGUCCCACCGUCCUCUCUCAUCUAUCUACCUUCAAGAAGGUCCAGCAGGCUUUGACAGCACCCGGUGUCUUGGAACACUUUUUGUCCAGCGAAAAUGCUGCUGCUAUUCGGGGGACCUUUAUCGCGCUUUAUCCAUUGGAUGAGUCCAAUGCUGGAAUGCACGCCCGAAGCAUUGCGUGCGACGAGCAACAGUCCGCUGACUAUAUCCUCAAGCCGUCGCGGGAAGGAGGCGGCCACAAUAUCUACAGUAAUGAGAUCCCCGACUUUCUGGCUCGGAUUCCACAAUCACAGCGGUCGUCGUAUAUUCUGAUGGAACGUAUCCGGUCACCAUCCGUGGCAAAUAUCCUGAUGGGGCCAGCUGGCAUUGAAGGAGGUGAAGUCAUCUCGGAGCUUGGCGUCUUUGGAUGUUGUCUCUGGCGAAAAGAACCUGAUUCUAGCCGUGGCUGUCAAUUGCUAGAGAAUCUUGCUGCUGGCUGGUCGUUCAAAACUAAACAUGCCGACAUCGACGAGAUGAGCGUUGUUAAGGGAUUUGGAUGCUUCGACACUCCUUUGUUAGUUGACAAGCAGGAAAGUCGUGACGAAAGUUCUCAGAAAGAUAGAGCUUGA